AUCUUUUUGCCAUUGUCCUGUUAGUAUUUACUGCAUUUCCAUAUUACUCCCAGUAUAUCGAUAUUCACAGACGGAGGGCCCCCAGGAGGACACAGGAGUAUAAUCAAGCGACAUUAGCAUAAAGGACGAGGAAUCGCAAGACACUCUCAGCUCAAUUCUUGGAUAGUUUUGUUUUAUCGAUCUUUGACUCGCUUUAAAGCAAAGGUAUAGAAGAAUAUCAGGCAAGAAUGAAUCGUCGUCAAGGAAACCAGGAUCCUGAAGGCCGUGUGGGCACAGCAGCUUUACCACCAUAUCUAUUACGUCUCUUUGCACCUCGCCCACCACUGCCCUAUGCAAAGCCACUUGAUCGUGAACCGGGCAAGAAAAAUGAGUCACGGUUGAUGGGCAUAGCACAAUACCUAGAGCAUUGCAAAGACCAUGAUACAAAUUAUGUUCCAACACUGAGUAUUGCAGAGCAGAAGAAGAAGAAGAUAGAAGAGCGCGAAAGAAAGGCACAAGAGGCACUCAAGAAAGGAUUAGAAUCAUGGGAUCCAAAUAAGGACGAACUGGUUGUUGGUGAUCCCUACAAGAUUACAUAUCUCCCGGCUUGCAGCAACAAGGAUGCAGAUGGUAUCAAAAUCCUCGGACGCCGUAUUGUCGUUGAUGUAGAGCGCGGUAGGACAGUAAAAGGAUGGAGACCCAAACGCCUUGGAAGAGACAAUCGUCAUGAGAGGGAACGGGAACGUUCUCGUGGAGGUGAUUAUCGGGAUGGGCGUGGUUAUGGAGGACAUGGUGAUAGAGACCGGAUUGAUAAGCGCCGACAUGAUGAUCGCAGUCGAGGCGGCUAUAGCGAUCGAUCGUACGAGCGCGACUCCAAGAGACGCAAGAGUAGGAGUCGCUCUAGAAGUCCAGGCAUUUCGAGCCGCCGUGGCAGCAGGGAUUGAUCUCUCGGCUUGAUCGCAUUAAGGAAAGAUAAGACAACGACACAUAAGCUCGCUCUCUUAGCUUCUAUGAAACAACCAGGCAAGCCUUAACGUCGACAGCCUUGCGACAUCCUACAAAUUUUGCUCUACUCACCAAAAAUAUCGUCCAAAUGAAACACACUC